GUGUGUGUGUGUGUGUGUGCGCGAGCGGCUGGUCUGGUGACGUGUCUCUACUGCUCGCUCUUUUCUUACCGAGAGGCUGGAUGGAGCCGCACUGACUCUACGGAGCACUCAAACCCGCACCAGUAACUCGGCAGGAGUCGGUCUCAGGACGCCAUGGGGAUUAAGUUUUUGGAAGUCAUCAAGCCGUUCUGUGCGGUCUUGCCAGAAAUUCAGAAACCAGAAAGAAAGAUUCAAUUUAGAGAAAAAGUACUAUGGACCGCCAUCACGCUCUUCAUCUUCCUGGUGUGCUGCCAGAUUCCUCUUUUUGGCAUCAUGUCUUCAGAUUCAGCAGAUCCUUUCUACUGGAUGAGAGUGAUCCUGGCUUCCAACAGAGGUACUCUGAUGGAGCUGGGCAUCUCACCCAUUGUCACCUCAGGCCUUAUCAUGCAGCUGCUGGCUGGUGCCAAGAUCAUUGAGGUGGGAGACACUCCAAAGGACCGAGCCCUUUUCAAUGGCGCUCAGAAAUUGUUUGGAAUGAUCAUCACCAUUGGACAGGCCAUUGUAUACGUUAUGACCGGCAUGUAUGGAGACCCUUCAGAGAUGGGGGCCGGUAUAUGCUUGCUCAUCAUCAUUCAGCUCUUUGUUGCAGGUCUGAUUGUCCUGCUGCUGGAUGAGCUGCUCCAGAAGGGCUAUGGUCUGGGCUCUGGUAUCUCUCUCUUCAUCGCAACCAACAUCUGUGAGACAAUCGUCUGGAAGGCCUUUAGCCCCACCACUGUCAACACGGGCCGAGGUACUGAGUUUGAGGGAGCCAUCAUUGCUCUGUUUCAUCUUCUGGCCACCCGCACAGACAAGGUCCUGGACCUGCCCAUCAAGUCAGCGCGCUAUCGUGGUCAAUACAACACCUACCCCAUCAAACUGUUCUACACCUCCAACAUUCCCAUCAUCCUGCAGUCCGCCCUGGUCUCCAAUCUCUACGUAAUUUCUCAGAUGCUCUCGACGCGUUUCAGUGGCAACUUCCUCGUCAACCUCCUGGGAACGUGGUCUGACGCCACGAGUGGGGGACCAGCUCGGGCCUACCCAGUUGCCGGUCUCUGCUACUACCUUUCUCCUCCAGAGUCGUUUGGUUCUGUCCUGGACGACCCAGUUCACGCCGCUAUCUACAUUGUCUUCAUGCUCGGUUCCUGCGCCUUCUUCUCCAAGACUUGGAUUGAGGUCUCGGGAUCCUCUGCCAAAGAUGUGGCGAAGCAGCUGAAGGAGCAGCAGAUGGUUAUGAGGGGACACAGAGAGACCUCUAUGGUGCAUGAGCUCAACAGGUACAUCCCCACAGCUGCUGCCUUUGGUGGCCUCUGCAUAGGAGGGCUGUCUGUAAUGGCUGACUUCCUGGGUGCCAUUGGUUCGGGUACAGGUAUCCUCUUGGCUGUGACCAUCAUCUACCAGUACUUUGAAAUCUUCGUGAAGGAGCAGAGCGAAGUGGGCAGCAUGGGAGCGCUGCUUUUUUAGAAAAAUACCAACCUUCUGAGACGCAUCAGACACAAAGCAUCCCCCCCCCCCUCCCUCCCCCCCACACACACACACCAUGUUUUUUUUAAUUUUACAAAUUGCCCAAUCAGUACAUUUUGCUGCUGGGAUAGUUCAUCUUUCUCCGCCACCUGUGUUUCCCAUCGUUACCUCUCCAGCAUGACAAUGCUGUGAAAAUCCUUUUGCUUACUCCCAGCGUUGAGCGUCUUCAGUCCUUUUACUCAAUAGCUGUUACCCAUCUAUCUGCAGGCUGCCUCUGUACCCACGGACUGUCUUAUCAGCUGAAUAAUGCCUAAAAGCGCACGAGUGCGAGGUGCUGUCUAAGACUUACCUCAGGCAUUGUUCAUUGCAGCAUGUUCAAGAAACACUAAGGCGGCGACAACGAGUCAGUGCUUAUUUCAAGAUGAAAGCACUGCCUGGACUUUUCGGGGGAAAGGAAAGAAAACCACGUCAUGUCCAUCACAAGUAGCAAUCAAGCUUGAGGUUUCUAGGGGCCCAUAGUAGGAUGUGAACAGUAUAAAUACAAUAUGCUUGUACUCUUAAUAAGGGUUCUUGUAAUCUCAGUCAAGCUGUCGGUGGUUUUUAUUUACCUUUUUAUCUUAAAUGAUGGACUGUUUAUAUUCACUCUGGUCUUAUGUAGGGCACAGGGUCUGCCCUCUGCCUCUGGGUCCUCAAAGGAAAGUGUUUGUCAGUGUCGUCAUGCUCUUUUAUUCCCACUGCCGGGAGGGUCGGGCUGAGGGUGGGUUUAAUAGGGAUGAAAAGGGGUUUUUAUUUUGGUUUUUACUUUAUGUAACAAACAUAAUCGUGUUAUUAAAAAAAAAAAAA